AUGGCGUCAGCGUUGAGGAAAGCCUUACCGGCGGCUGUACGGGAGAUCAGGAUACUCGCCUGCCAGACCUCGGAGCAGAGCGCAGGAGCGAGGAACUUCAUCCAAAAGGCGUAUCUCGACGUCAAGAAGGCCAACCCUGACCUGCCCAUCAUGUUCAGAGAAGCGCAAGGGACACCUGCAAGAGCAUUCGUCCGACUAGAGCGAGGCGUAGAGCGACAGGUCUCCCUGUCUGGCGCCGCAGACUCGGCAGAGGUCGAGAAGAGGAUAGCGAGUAUACUUCCGUCGUAG